CCGAUGUGGUACUUAACUUGGUUGUCUCCAUUUGGAGAGUGGCAGCAUCAUACUUCAGAGAUAACUGCAGUGUGAGUCACAGGUGUGUAAACACCUAGUGGGGAGAAGAGUCAGUCUCCAAGCAAAGUUCCCCGCUUACCCUAAGAGAGAUGCUGAGCAACAUACUGCAGGGACCUGAUGAACUGAAGAGGAGCCACAUACAAAUUAGGGAUCAGGUUCAUUUACUGGCAAAGGAAGCCCAUAUACAUUCUUUUAAACACUUCUUAGCUUGUCAGUUAGUCAUUGCAAAGGACUUGAUGACUGAGACAGAAAAAGUGGUGUGGAAAAGAGCUGUCGGAUGUUCCCUCUUCCAGCCCUGUCUACUGGUGUCUCUUUACAAGGAAAAGCAUGUAUGCAGAGUUUGGUGGCAGAAUUUUUAAGGUACAUGGGCAGUCUGUGGCAAAUACUUCUGAAGAAGGUGUGACUGUCUACAAGAGUCGGCUGAGCUUGUGCAUGGAGACACAGAAGUGCCAGCAAGCCCAGGAAAGGAACUAAUUGGAAGAAAAUUGCCACGCAUAGAGAAAGUGGAACACUUACUUCAGCAACAGUGACUUAGAAUAAAUACAUCAGUAAAUACAUCAGCAGUGAAAUGAUAAAUCUUGGUGCUUCUUGAUUCUCUGGUGGAUUUUAUUACUUAAGAGACAUUUUCAUUAUCCCAUUUAAUAAGUCUUGAAUUUCUCUAUACAUUAAAAUAUAACUGGAAAAUCACGUUUUGAUACCUUUCAAUAACACUUUUGAAUGUUAAAUCGUUUGCCAAGAUGAGUGCUGAGGGAUAUCAAUAUAGAGCUUUAUAUGACUACAGAAAAGAGCGAGAAGAAGACAUUGACUUGCACUUGGGAGAUAUAUUAACUGUGAAUAAAGGUACCUUACUAGCACUUGGAUUUAGUGAAGGGGAAGAAGCAAAGCCUGAGGAAAUUGGUUGGUUAAAUGGCUUUAAUGAAACCACAGGGGAGAGGGGAGAUUUCCCAGGAACUUAUGUAGAGUACAUUGGAAGAAAAAAAAUAUCUCCCCCAACUCCAAAGCCUCGUCCUCCUCGACCUCUUCCAGUAGCACCAGGUCCUGCAAAAGGAGAAGCAGAGACUGAGCAACAAGCUUUUUCACUUCCAGAUCUUACAGAGCAGUUUGCACCUCCUGAUGUUGCUCCCCCAAUUCUUGUCAAGUUAGUAGAGACCAUUGAAAAGAAAGGUUUGGAGUGCUCAACUUUGUAUGGAGCACAGGGCUCAAGCAGCUCAACGGACUUAAGACAAAUCUUUGAAUGUGAUGCCUCUUCAUUAGAUUUAGAGACAUUUGAUGUGCAUACUUUAUCAGAUGUUCUCAAGAGGUAUAUUCUGGACCUGCCAAAUCCCAUCAUUCCAGCAGCUGUUCGCAGUGACAUUUCUGUAGCUCAAGAAGUACAGAGCUCAGAAGAGUAUGCUCAGUUGCUGAAGAGACUCAUCAGAUCUCCAAAUAUACCUCCCCAAUAUUGGCUCACACUCCAGUAUUUGCUCAAACAUUUCCUCAGAGUUUGUCAAGCCUCCAGCAAAAAUCUUUUGAAUGCAAGGUCUCUGGCUGAAAUUUUCAGCCCUCUGCUUUUCAGAUUCCAGAUCACAAGCUCUGAUAAUACGGAACACCACAUAAAAAUCCUGGAAGCUUUAAUCACAAGUGAAUGGAAUGAGAGACAGCCUGUACCAGCCCUGCCUCCUAAGCCACCAAAACCUAAUACUGUAACUAACAAUAGCAUGAAUAACAGCAUGUCAUUACAAGACGCGGAAUGGUACUGGGGAGAUAUCUCAAGGGAAGAAGUAAAUGAGAAGCUUCGAGACACUGCUGAUGGUACCUUUUUGGUACGAGAUGCUUCAACCAAAAUGCAUGGGGACUACACACUUACUCUAAGGAAAGGAGGAAAUAACAAAUUAAUCAAAAUUUUUCAUCGAGAUGGAAAAUAUGGUUUUUCUGACCCACUAACUUUCAACUCUGUGGUUGAGCUAAUAAACCACUACCGGAAUGAAUCUCUAGCCCAGUAUAAUCCUAAACUGGAUGUAAAAUUACUAUAUCCUGUAUCUAAGUACCAGCAGGAUCAGGUUGUAAAGGAGGAUAGCAUUGAAGCAGUGGGAAAGAAAUUACAUGAAUAUAAUACCCAGUUCCAAGAAAAAAGCAGAGAAUAUGACAGACUCUAUGAAGACUACACAAGAACAUCUCAGGAAAUUCAAAUGAAAAGAACAGCUAUUGAGGCAUUUAAUGAAACAAUAAAAAUAUUCGAAGAGCAGUGCCAAACUCAAGAAAGAUACAGUAAGGAGUACAUUGAAAAAUUUAAACGGGAAGGAAAUGAAAAAGAAAUACAGAGAAUUAUGCACAACUAUGAAAAACUGAAGUCUCGGAUAAGUGAAAUUGUGGACAGCAGGCGUAGAUUAGAAGAAGAUUUAAAGAAGCAAGCAGCUGAAUAUAGAGAGAUAGACAAGCGUAUGAACAGCAUUAAGCCAGACCUCAUACAGCUGAGGAAGACCAGAGAUCAGUACUUGAUGUGGCUGACUCAAAAAGGUGUUCGGCAAAAGAAGCUAAAUGAAUGGCUUGGAAAUGAAAAUGCAGAAGACCAAUACUCUAUGGUAGAAGAUGAUGAGGACUUGCCCCAUCAUGAUGAGAGAACUUGGAAUGUGGGAAAUAUCAAUAGAAGCCAAGCUGAAAAUCUGCUGCGAGGAAAGCGAGAUGGAACAUUCCUUGUUCGAGAGAGCAGCAAACAAGGCUGCUAUGCCUGCUCUGUUGUGGUGGAUGGAGAAGUAAAGCACUGUGUGAUAAACAAAACACCCACUGGGUAUGGAUUUGCAGAGCCAUAUAACUUGUACAACUCGCUCAAAGAACUGGUACUACAUUAUCAACACACAUCACUUGUGCAGCACAAUGACUCUCUCAAUGUCACGCUAGCCUACCCAGUAUAUGCACAGCAGAGGCGAUGAACAUCUUAGUACUGCGGGUUGUUUGUUUUUUUCUAAAGAAAUGAUUUGACAACACUGAGGCCUCUGGAGAGAAAAGGCUCCUUCAGCUUUACUCAAGAAUUUGUAUCAAAACUAUCUGUCUUCAGACAUGACUAGAGAUUUCCUUCUCAACUGCAGUGGGAGAGAUCACAGUAGUAAGCUGUGAAUGUAUGUUUAUAAUCUGAAGUGCUUUUUGGUUUUUUUGUAAUUAAGAAAAUUAAAACACGAGAAAAAUCCAAACCUGAUCUCCCUGCAGGGACAUAGAAGCCUUUAAGCAUGGUGCUUGUUUACGACCACUUCUGAAGCUUUACCAGCUAGAACAUUGGAUUAUCCAGGCACAAGGUAUAAGAGGUCUGUGUCAUUCAGUUAUUGGAAUUUCAUGGUCACAACCUGAUUUGGAAUGGUGUUUCUGCACUCAGUGGAUCCAGACAUACAGCAUUGUGGAUUUUUUUGGUUUUAAGUGAAUGAUAUGUAGCAGAAUGAAUGGCACUUUCAUUUCUAAGGGACACUUUAAAAGGACUUCAGUUACAGUAUGUUGUUCAGAGUAACUGUAAUAGCAAAGUGCCAGGAAGUGUUUUGUUUAGAUGAUUAAAAAUCCUGGUUUAAGAAUAUAUUUAAGACUGAAGAAAACAGGACUUUCAGUGGCAUACAGUGUAUAAUAAUGUACAUAGUACUGGGUGACUAACUAUCAUUUAUGGAAACUGUCAAUACCAGACUUCUUCUUUUUUCCCUCUUCUGUUUGCUGAAAGCUGAGUUCUUAGACCAUGCUAUGCAAUACUGAAUUUUCUUUAGGCUGUAGUCUUCUUUCAAGCAUAUCUACAGGCUUCUUUUUCUUUCUUGUUUCCUUGUCUUCUUUUUUUUGUUAUUUCUUUUGCCUGAGAAUAUUUUUCCUGAUUAUUUUUUGUUACUGAUUUUCUUGUUUGUUUGUUUGUUUGUUUGUUUUACGGGGCUUGCUUUUUUUUUGAGAGGUUUUUUUUGGUGUGUUGUUUUUUUUUUAAUGUACAGGAAGUCAGCAAGAGCUGGCUUGAGAAUUAAAACUAUUAAAUAUUUUACAAUUUUCUUUAGAAAAAUAGAAUAUUGAGCUACUAGCUCGAAGUUUAAAAGUUCAUAAAAUUUUUUUGACUACAUAUUUUGUUGGGCAGUGCCUGGAAAGCUUCAAAGCUGCUUUAUUCAAUAAAAAAAAUUCAAUAUAUGAACAUUACGAAAUAUCACUGAGUCCAACAAUACUGUUUCAGAGAUAUCUUUAGAAUACGGUACCAUGCUACAUUUGCUUCUUGAAGCAUUUGAACUUUUGUCACAAUUGUCUUUGUCUUUGAAAGACAAAAAAAAUAGUGUAUCCUUCCUUGAUAGUGACUGCAGAAAAAAUGGGGAUAUUUAGCUACUGCAGUGUAGAGUGUAGAUAGUUUGGAUCUCAGAAUGAAUCCACCUCUCACAGUAAAUAAAUGACUUCUUGACCUGUGGCAGAAUUUUUGUCAGCCUGUAAAGGUAUUUUCAUUUCAUAUGAAGGAAAUUUCUCUAAUUGUUGCCUAGGGGCUUUUUUGUAUUAGUAUUGUGGGGGAAAAGAGCUUCCACCUCUACUGAGAAUGUUUGGAUACAAUAUAGAGCUAAUUAAGGCUGGAAAAUGUCUUUUUUUUUUGAAAAUGAUUAGGCUACGAUACUUGCUUUCAGAAGUUUGUAGGCUGAGGAAGUAUCAAAGUGAACAGUUCCAUAAUUUCAAAACAUCAGAGACUUACAGAAUUAUGGUUCAGUCAAAACAAAUACAUGAAUCCUACUAAACCAGAUUUAUUAGUAAUUCUGGGAUAAUUCACUGUCUGUGGUUUGCAAUGGUUAUUUAUUGUCCUGACCACUGACAAAACAUUGCAGAUUGGUAAAGUAACGAACUUCAGAGAAAUCUUGGAAAAUAUUUGACUAAUAUGAAUUUAUUCUAGCCCCGAGAGUACAAAAGGCGAUACUCAUUACUAUUAAAGAGAGUUGCGCACACAAUCAGAAGAGCAAGACCCAUGGAGUUCUCCCAUAAUAGCUCUGGUUUAGAGAUACUUGUGUUUUAUUUCAGAAUAUGCAGGGCUUUAUAAGCUUUUGGAAAUAAUAAGAGGAAAUUUGCUGGUCUCCAAUGAUCUUUACAUUAUCAUUUCAUUUUCAAAUUGUUACUUCGGUUCUGAGGCUGUAAGGCUUUUGAUUUUAUUUUGAUUUUGUGCUCCUUUUUUUUGGUGGGUUCUCUUUGCUUUCCUAUAGGUGUAUAUUUUCUUACUAGAAUUUAUAUCAGGAAACACGAUUCAACAAAUAUCAAUGUUUCAUGAUUGUCAUCACUUAGAAAAUUAUUCUGAAUAUUUUUCCUGAAUAGAAGUAGACUCUUCAUCCCUUCCUUUCCCAUCCCUUCCCUUCCUCAUUCCACCCUCUCUUCAGGCCUGUAGGACCAUGUAAAUUUGGUAUGCUAAUAACUGGUUUUUACUGUGAAAAGCACCAACAAUUACUCUAGCAUGUUAGUUAUACUACUGGGCUUGAAGUUACAGAUUAGUUCAAUAUACAGCAGUUUAACACUUGUAGCAAUCCAAGAUAUUCUUUGGACAUAUAUUAAUUUCUGAAUGUUAAAUAUUUUAAGAGUAAAAUUGUAUUUUUUUUCUCUGUAGGCAAAAUAUAUGUAAUCUGAAUUGAUGUUUCACAUAGCAUUUGUCAAGAAAUUUAUCAUAGUUAAGGUAUUUGGAUCUAAUUUUCCUCAUAUUAAGAAAACCCCUGCUAUGUCAGUGGACCAUAUCCUUAGCAUGCCCAGCCCCGUAUGGAACAUAAUUCCAUACUGUAUGGAAACAUAAUUCCAGUUUGCUGUGCAACUUCUCUUCAUGUGUGGCUGUAGCAGAAAAAAAAAAAUAGUGCGUAUGAGAUUUGGCACUUGCUUUUCUUGCACAAGCAACAAUGAGAAAUAAGUACUAUGUUGUAAGGAUGAGUGCUUAGGGCUUCUUAAAGGGAUGUUCUACCUACGGAAGGUCUAUGCAAUUUGCAGGGAUCAGUUAACACCCUCAAAUUUGCAUGAGUACGUUUUCUUUGGUACUUACGUAUUGUGUGGCCUCUUCAUUUCUCUCCCUCCUUAAUGCACAGAGCUAAAUCCUACCAAAGGUCCUAUUCACUGCAGAGUUUUUUGUCUUUAAUGUACCAUAUUGUUCACUCCAGUUUUGAUUUGAUCUCAAAACAGACUACUAUAUACAGGAAAAAAAAAAGCAUGGGGAUAUAACUGAAGAAACACAGUGGUUUUUUUCUGUACUUCUGUUGAUGUGUAGCUUUUUCAUCUAAUAUAAUAUAUAGAAGGGGCUUGUUUUGUUGGGGGGGGAAUUUUUUGUUUUGUUUUAAAUUCCUGAGGUAGGCUGCACUGCAGCAUCUCUUUCACAAGGCCUUUGAAAGGUAUGAGGCAUAGCAAAGAGAACCAAAACUCCCAAGCAAAAUUAGUAGUUUCUGAUCUACUUAGGUUGAAAUUUGAAUUUGGAGGUUGGCGAUAUGUAUCUGCACGUACGGGUGUACACUUGCUGUGUUUAUGUGUGAACAGGUCCCAGUAUAGGUGCAUUUUCACCUUUCAUUCAGAACAUGAUCAUUUUGCUGAAUUCAGUAAGCGAUAUCAUUAACUUUGUUUAAAGGUGUGUACAUGCACACUAGACCUUUGUGGGUGCAGCAUGUUUCCAGAUACAGUUAGAAAACUGAAUUUCCAUGUUGUUGGAUAGUUUCUUAAAAAAGCAAAAAAAAAUGGGGAAAAAAAAAAAAGGCAAGCUUGUCUGUAUGGUUCCGUUAUCUAAGAAAUUUUGUCAAACAAUCUGUAAAACCAAAUCUUCAGCUUUUUUAUUUGGUGUCAACUGUUCUGUAGUGAAGAAAUGGCUUUGUUUUGUAAUUGCCUAUGAAGUAAUAGUGCUUGGGAAAACAUUCAGAUGCUUCAAAUGAGGAAAACUUAUGUCGAUUUUCACACAGUGCUUUUGCUAUGCAUGGUAUUAAGUUGGGAAAGUGAAUCCUGAUACUAGGUUUUUUCAGGGUCACUUUAGAAAUGGGCAGCUCAAAGCACAAUGCCUCCCAUGGGACAAGGCUCUAAAGUGCAACAUUUUAUGUAGAAUCCUGUUGUACUUACUGCAGUUGAGACUAAACUGUGGGAAUUGGUAACAUUACCUUGCCCUUGUCCUGAUGAGAUUGCAUUAGCUGCCCAAAAUGCUGCUAUUUUUUUUUUAUUCUUUUUUUUUUAAAUAAAACUCUGUUCUGUUAAAUGUCUUCGAAACAUUAAAAUUACUUCGGUUUAAAAUUGUCUUUGAGGAGAUGAAGGGUAAACCAAAUUGUAAAUUGCCUUUACAAGGCAACAGUGAAAACAUGCCUCCUUCAAGUUUUGUUCAAGCUGUAGAGUUCAUGGAGCUGUGUCUUGUUUUUGAGUUACUUUAAAAAUUGUAAUAAGUCGUCAAGCAGAAUAAAGGUUGUUUUGAAACUGUA